UAGUCCACAAUUCCACGUCUUAACACCCCACGUCCGGUCUCUCUCUCUCUCUCAUCAAGGCAGCACUCUCUUUUUUGGGUUUGGUUUCAACUUUUUACACCUUUUGAUAACUGCCACAUGAAAACCAAACCAAUACACUGUCUUUCUCUCUCCGUUUCCCAACCCCAACUGUGUCCUGUCCUCCUCUCUUGUCUCCAUCUUCAGACAAAGAUUAUCUCAAAGAUUUCUUCCCAUCUCCAUUAAAAGAACUCAAAAGGAAGAAGCUUCACAAUAGUUUCAUUCUCUCUCUCUCUCUCUCUCUGCAUGUUUGUGAAACACCAAACAAGAAUGUGUCUCCUUCGUCAUUUGCUGUUGCCCAUUUGUCUAGUGGGUUUCUGCUUGUUCUCCGUUGUCUUUGUUUCUGCUACUCCCCAAGAAAUCCCUAUCUCUCAGGCUUCUCCUCGAACCGGAGGCGCUCAAUCCUCAGGGCCUCCCGUUGUUAAAGUGGUGAUUCGUCAGGACUUGAACAAGAAGAUUCUAAUCGCUCUUAUAGUCUCCUCAACACUCCUCUGUAUCACAGUCAUGAUGAUUCUCUACCUCUUGCUAUGGAGGUACCGAAGUAUGAAUAACAACAGCUUCAACGGGAUCAAGGGGAAGUCCGAUUCUGUGAAGAGUAGUGGAUCCACGAAACCUGUUGUACACAAGGUUGAUUCUGUGACGAAAGGAACUAUCCCUGUCUAUGAGUACCAGCUGCUGGAGUCUGGUACAAACAAGUUUAGCGAUGGUAACGUGUUGAGCCGAGGUGGUCGUGGAUGUCUUUACAGCGCUUGUCUUGAUGGAAAGUCAUCUGUCACUGUGAAGAAGCUUGAUGUUGGUGGAGAGACAGACAUUGAGAAACAGUUUGAGAAUGAGGUAGACUGGUUGGCUAAGAUCAAGCAUCAGAACAUAAUCUCCCUUUUGGGGUUUAGCGUCUAUCGCCAGACUAGAUGUAUUGUGUAUGAGAUGAUGCAGAAUGGAUCUUUGGAGAGUCGGCUGCAUGGGCCUAGUCAAGGUUCAGGUUUAACUUGGCAGCUUAGAAUGAAAAUCGCGGUCGAUAUAGCAAGAGGAUUAGAGUAUCUUCAUGAGCAUUGCCAUCCUCCAGUAGUUCACAGAGAUUUGAAAUCGUCUAACAUCCUUCUAGACUCUGAUUUCAACGCAAAGAUAUCAGAUUUUGGGUAUGCAACUGUGUUGAUGACUCAGAACAAAAAUCUGAACAGACCUUCUGAGUAUCUUCUUGAUGGGAAAGUAACAGACAAGAAUGAUGUCUACUCUUUUGGGGUGAUUCUCCUAGAACUUCUCCUGGGGAAGAGAUCAGUGGAGAAACCAACAACUGAACCAGAAUCCGUUGUCACUUGGGCUGUACCAAAGCUGAGUGACAGAGCUAAUCUGCCAAACAUAUUGGAUCCUGCAAUCAAAGGAACCAUGGAUUUGAAGCAUCUUUAUCAGGUAGCAGCGGUUGCGGUGUUGUGUGUGCAGCCAGAGCCAAGUUACAGACCACUAAUAACCGAUGUGUUGCACUCACUCAUCCCUCUUCUACCACUAGAACUCGGCGGAUCAUUGAGAAUUUUAUAAAACACAUUUUCAUUUCCUUUAUUGUAAUCUUUUCAUUUUGAAUUGAAUGUUGUUGGUGAUCUUGUGCAAAAUUCCACUUUUUAUCUGUUUUUU